CCCACCUCGUCUUCAUACCUCGACCCCACGCACGGCGACCGUCCAGGACCCGCCCGGCCCCGUCUGCACGCCCCCGACGCAGCAGGACUGCAUUUCGCUGCUGAUCGACCUCUUGCUUUUCUUGGGGCGCCGCCCUCGUCUCGCCGGGACUUCGUGCGCUGCUCCGUACGCAUCGCACUUAAUACUGCCGCUCCGACGCCUGCUUGCAUUGCGCGCCCCGUACUCUCAUUCUGCUCCGCUUGCCCAGCCGGACACUGCGCCGUCUCUCGGCGCCAGCGAGCACGGCAGCGACGCGCACUCGGCGCUCACGAUACGAACUCACGCAUACGCCCGCACAGAUUCACAUCUGCACAUAACGCACAUACACGCCCGUACACACACAAACACACACAUACACAUGCUCCCGUUUCUUGAGCUGGCAUCAUGUCCCACGGCUCGCUCAAGGAAACGGUAAAGGCUCUACAUGCCGCCUUCGCCGGCGAUGCCCACACGCUGACCCCGCUGCCGGACGAGCUGCAUCACACCAUCGAGGCUUUCCUGGAACGCAAUCCGCAUCCGGACGACGGCGAAGCCCAGCGACUACACGACGAGCUGCUGUCCUUGCACAACAAGUACAUUGCAGCCACGCCUGACAAGCUGGGGCCGUUCGUACAUGUUCUGCGACUGCUGCAGCCUGCUAUCCGCGGCGAGAAGCGUCUCGAGGACUGGUGGCUGCUUGUCAUAAGGCCCGUCGUGGACGCAAUCGGCCACAGGCGCGACACCGUCGACGACGCCCGCGAGUUCCUCUUAGGCGUCCUCCUGUUCGACCCGGAUGAUGACCCCAACGGCGAGCACGCCGCCCUGUCGGCCAAGUUCGUCUCUCGCGUCCUGGAGGCAUACAUGGGCCGCUGCAAGGUACCCACGCUGGAGAGCGAUGAAAUCUUACCGGAGGAUGAGUUUGUAGCCCAGGAGCUCGAGGGCAUCCUUGUAGCAUUUGGCCGGAAGCGACCUUUGGAGCUGUUACGUGCCGUCGACGCGGAACUCGUCAAGAAGGAGCGGCGUCUGCAGGCCCUUUCGCUGUUGAGCAGCUUCGUCCGCAUGCAGCCACCCCACCUACAUCUCGUCAUGGAGACCCCCAUCCUUCAGCACCUGCACAGCUGCCUCCUGAUUGACCUGUCCGGCACUGUGGUCGACCUGGCCUUGACGGUGCUGAUCAUGUUACUGCCUCACAUCGCCUCCUCGCUGUCCGCGAGCAUGUCCAAGUUGUUCGUCAUCUAUGCCAGGAUUCUGUGCUGGGAUCAGUACACCGCCAUCUCGUCCGAAUCCGACCCGUGCAGAGACGAUGGCGAUGCCGUGUCCCCCGACCGAGCUUCGGACGGAGAUUUAGCCGGUGCCCGCGCCCUCGAAGUCGACACCGAGUGGCAGCCCCUGGACCGUCUCUUCAACUCGCUCGAGGCCUUCAGCCCAAAGGCGAACUAUCUCUUCACAUUCCUGUACGGUCUCUUCCCGCACAACUUCAUGAACUUCAUCCGCAAACCGCGCCGGUUCCUCAGGUCGAAGAACUAUCCAUACGCAGACGACCUCAAUCUGUACCAGGAGCUGAUCCGCCGACGGACCGAAGCUCACCGUGUCUCACAUCGCUUGCACCCGAGCUUCUUUACCAGCACGCCUGAGGACGAGCUCACCGACAACCGACUGCUCAAGAUGGAACCCACUGACCUCGUCACGGAGUGCCUUGCCUUGUGUAUAACCAUGCCAAGCGUGCUCAACGUCCCCGGCCCUCCCCCGACGUCCAAGCUGCCGGACCUUCCCAAGGAUGCUCGAAAGCCGAAACUCAACAUUCGACCGGAUGCGCUGCUGGCCGGCGACCCCGACGAGAUGACCAAUGCAGCCACGUCGCCCACGGAAGGCCGGUCACAGAGCAGCUGGCGCAAUACGCAAUCGACCACGCUGACUGUCGCCACGUCGCCUGGCCAGCCAGACGCGAAUCUCGCACCGCCUCCGGGCGCUGAAUCGUCGCGCGAGGCUUCUCCCAAACGUGUCGAAGGCACCUCCCCUCCCAAAGAAGGUCCUCCGUCGCGACCAACAUCGCGUCACCGCGAACCCAAGUCUCCCCGUUCGAGAAAAACUUUCAACCCAUACUCGGAUGCUGAGCCGCUGCCUAAGCUCCAGGUGUUUGCUCAGUCGCUCUCCGGUAGUCCUCGCAGCAACGAGUCGAGUGCGCACGACGCGGCAUACAGCGUUGCGAUUCUGCAGAGAGAGGUCAUGCUGCUCAAGAACGACCUCAACUUUGAGAGGUUUCAAAAAGCGCAGUAUCUGGCCCAGAUUGGCCAGCUUCAACGCAAGAACUUGACCGAGGCAACCACGGAGUCGCAGACGCAGAGCCUGCUCAACAAGAACCGAACGCUGUCAGAUAAGCUCAGAAAGGCAGACGAGCUGUACGCACAGCUUAAGAAGGAGACAGCCAUGAGCCGCGCCCAGGCCAAGAAGACGGAGGAGAUCCUGAGCCAGAAGCUCAGAGUGUAUCGUGACGAAGAGAAGCACCGACAGGUCGAAGUGCAACGCUUGCGCGUUGAGCUCGACGCCACCAAGAAGGAAUGCGAAGCUCUGCGCAAACUUGUCGUCGAGAGUGAGAACCGGGAACAUGAUGCUCGCAACGAGCUCAGCGCGCUCAAAAUCGAUCUCGAGGCUAUGGACAAUCUGCGUCAUCGCUUCCAGGAGCUCGAGGCGAAGGUGCGCCAGUACGAGCUCUCGGAAUUGGACGCAGAGAGGGCCCGAGAAGACCACGAUCUCCUGCAAACCGAGCUCGAGACUGCCCAGCUCACCAUUCAGAGCCGCGACGCGGAGUUGGACCGUCUGCGCAAGACGUAUGAACAGAAAAUCGUCGCUCUGGAGAACCGUAUCCGAAAAGAAAAGACUGCGGCUGCGACGGCCACAGGGCCACCUCCGGCAAGUGAUGCGCCGCUGCCAGAUUCGAUCCAGCAGAUGAUCGAUUCGGCGCUCGCUGCAAGCAACGCCAAGUACGCCCAAAUCAAAAAGAAUUACAAGCGCUUGAACGAAAAGUACAUUGAGCUUGAGGUCAAGUUUCAGGAACUCGAGUCGGGUCGCGCUUCACCCAACAACAGCAACACCACCGGAAGCCUGCGCCCGGGCAGCGUCCUCAGCCUGACACGCUACGCCGAGGACGCAAAGCUACCCACCGCGGUCAGCAGCAGCGGCGUCAGCCGUGUUCAAUCGGGUCGCCGCCCGCAUGCGUUCUCGGAUCCAAAUGCCCUGCUAGAGGAGGAGAUGUCGGCUGAUGAGGACACUUCAGCGACAGCGACCCCAACAGCGGGCCAGCGCGCUCCUGCACGUGCAAACACGUACGCAAACAAGUCGCGCUUCGAAUCUCUGGCAGGCUCACGGCAGAUGCCCGCACGCGGCAUCAGCCCACCACCGCUCGAGCGGCCGUCGCGCUCCAACAGCUUCACGCAUGACUUCCAGGUCGGCGCCGCGCCUAGCCAGCGCUCAUCAGUGCAGGCCCUCGAUCUCCAGACGUCGCGCAAGGUCGCCGCCAACAGUGAGGUUCGCGUCCAUGGGCGAGGCGGUGCACAGAACAUUGGCCGCAAGACCACGUCAAGUGGUAAAGACGGCAAGAAGCCCGCCAGCGACUCCAAGACCGCGAAGACGGGCGGCUUCCGCGGCCUCAAGGGGAUCAUGUAACCCUGCGUCGUGACGAACAGCGGCUUCGAUCUUUGCCCUUUCCUGCUUUGCAUACGAGCGUUUCCCAUAUAGUACGACUCGCUCGAUUUUGCGUGCAGACGAGACCUGAGCUUCAUCUCUCCCUUUCCGUUAUCCUUUGUUUUGCUCCUUUUCUUUCUUCAUUUAUUCCCCUACUAACCAUGCGUGUCCGCACCUUCGCCACGGGCUUGUUACGACUGGACAUGAAAAGGAAAAAAAAAAAACACAAUAUAACAUCUGAGCAGCACGCUCCUGGAGGCUUGGGAUCGGUGCUUAUCUUGACUCUUCUUUUUCGCCACUUCCCCGCGCCCUCUUGCUAUGUCCAUAAACCGGGGCGUAUUUUCCUUUAAAAGUACAACAAUUGUAAUUGGGGAGACGGUCUGAUUGCCUUUUGGAUCCCACGUUUUCUCACUCACGUGACGGCAAGCCUGCCGUUCACUCACAACGUACAGCCUCGUCCGCACAUGGACUCUUCUUGUUUUCGGUACGAUACCCGGCACACCGGUUUUGCCCCGUGGACGAUGGAAAUUCAUCAUCAAAUCGUCCUUGCUACUUUUACACCUACGCCUUCACAAACGUCACACAUGGCGGGUUCUUCUUUUGUUUGUCGUUCACCAGGUUCCUGGCUCUCUAUGGAAAUUGCAUGAGACCUUUUACGCUUUUGCCGAGCCGGCGCUGCGGCGCGCUCGAGAUCGACUUUUGGUUGCCUGUGUUAUGGCUUUUUCUUUGGGGGCGGGGG